UAGCAAAGCAAAGACGCCCGUGACGUUGCUCCGCCGCCCUUUACGAUCUUGUCGCGCUGGAUUCAUUGCCGGACGCUUUUGCAGAUCUUACGGCUAUUGUGUUGUACGCUCCGUCACAAUCCCGGCGAUUUCAUUCGACGACCACCUGCUAGCUUUGCGUACUACUCCCGCCAAAGCGAUCGACCAUGUCGUCUGGGUUCGUAUCUGCCGGAACGGAUCAGGAGCCAAUCGAACGCGACGAUGAAUGGCGUCGUGUGCAAAAUGAACUCGAGGAGGAGCGAAAGCGCAAAGCAGAGCUAGGGAGGCAGGAAGAUGGCAAAAGCUUAUACGAAGUACUGCAGCAGAACAAAAUGGCCAAGCAGGAAGCUUUCGAAGAGAAGAUCAAGUUGAAGAAUCAAUUCCGUUCGCUGGACGAAGACGAAGUCGAAUUCCUCGAUUCCAUCAUGGAGUCCACCCGGGCUAAGGAAGCUGCGGUCAAGAAGGAGACUGCCGAACAGCUUGAGUUGUUCCGUCGACAGCGGGAAGAAGCAGAGAAAGCUUUACUGGAGGAUACAUCUGCGGAUGUUGCACCGGCCGCUGAAGGAGAGGACUGGAAAAUUCCUGCCCGCAAGAGACGCCGAGAGAAGAGCAAAGACCUUCUCAUACCUGGCAAAAAGCGCAAGUCUCUUGGAGGCGACAAUACUGGAAACUUUUCGAAAGAACUAAGUGCGGACAAAGAAUCCGGAAAGGUCGAUAAUACUGUCCCUGAAAGCAAGCCGGAGUCAGCGCAAGAGAAACCGGAAGUGCCAAAGCAACCAAUUACAUCUCCUGGAGCAACAAAGCCUGUACAGGAUUCAAAAUCAAGUCCAAAACAGACUGCAUCGAACACAACAGCAAAAACACCUUCAUUAUCCCUUGGAUUAGCCGGCUACGGCUCAGAUUCAGAAUGAUCUUCUAGGCAGAUUGUGCAAUAGGCAUUUGGUGUUUCUGCUCUUUACAUUCGGUCUCUCUAUCGCUUGAUUUUCUGCGCCUACAGUCUGCUGGAGCGGUAACAAUGUAACUGUUGCCUCGCUGCCCUGAGCUUGAAGGGCUCUCUAUCCUGCACUGAAACAUCACCAACGGGGCCUUUGGAUCACUAAAAGUGUUUAGGUCUUAUCUAUAUCCAUAUUCUAUAAUAAUAUUA